AUGGAGCUGUGCACAGGCGGGGAUCUUCUCGAGCUCAUUCAGAAGCAGCCCAACGCGUUUCUCAGCGAGGCGGAAUCUUGCCACGUGUUCACGUCCGUGGCGCGCGCCGUGAAGCAGUGCCACGCCAACAGCAUCGUACACCGCGACAUCAAACCCGAAAACAUUCUCAUCUGCCCGACUUCGAACAGCGUCCCUGCCGUCCCCGCCGCCGCAGCCGCAGCCGCCGCUGAUAACGGCACGUCGUUCUCGUACACCGCGAAGCUUGCGGAUUUCGGGCUCGCUGUGGACGUUCCUUGGUGGCAGCAGAUUCGCGGGUACGCCGGCAGCAAGCCGUAUGAGGCGCCCGAGGUGAAGGCGGGGGUUGCGUACGACGAGUCGGCGGAUAUCUGGAGCCUCGGCGUGACUCUCUACGCAAUGCUUUCGGGAAAGUGGCCGCUUUUCAGCGGCGGGAAGCGGGUCCUUGACGAGAAGGCGGAUUUUGCAUCGGACGACUGGAAGCAUGUGUCGGGUGAUGCGAAGGAUCUCAUCCGUCGGAUGCUGUGCGUGGAUGUGAACGAACGGUUCACGAUUGACGAGCGUGUCGCGCCGGUUGCUGGCGUCAUCAUCAUGAUUGCUCCGGACAACGCCACGUACUCGUUUGAAGACGCCGACGCCGCGUUCGGUACGGCCGUCGCUUUCCCCCACUUCCUCUUCCCCCACUUCUUCCUCUUCCCCCCCUUCCUCUUCCCCCCCUUCCUCUUCCCCCCUUUCCUCUUCCCCCCCUUCCUCUUCCCUCCCUUCCUCUUCCCCCACUUCCUCUUCCCCUCACCCCUUCCCUCCGCCUUCUUACCCCUCCCUUCUUCCAGCGGGCUUUUCGCAUCUUAA